AUGGUGUCGGCACCACGUGCAACUCUUUUCAUCCUCCUCUUAAUUCUGAUCUUGAACAGUGUAAUUUUCUAUAAGCUAGGCCAACGACGUGAUGUCAAAAGCAUCUUUCAAAGCAGCACAACUCCUCCUUACUCUUAUUAUGUCUGUACACAAGUAUUAAAUGAAUCCGAAAAAUAUUUAACUGAAUGGAUCAAAUAUCAGUUGAAUAUCGUUGGCUUUAAGAACAUUUGUUUGAUUAAUGUUGGAGAAACUUUCAAUAAAACAUUCCUAGCACAAUAUUCGAUAGGGAUCAUUCAUAAACAUGAAUUUCAUCAAGAAUUUAACUAUUGUUUAUCAUGUUUUGAUCAACCAAUGAAAUCAGACGAUCUACUUUUCAUUCAAGAUAUUGAUGAGUUUUUAAAUGUUAAACAAGCUGAUGUUAUCUUUAAAAACUAUCACAAAUAUGAUAAGUUUCAUUUUCAAGAAAUUCGCUACGGAUAUAUUUAUGAUAUGAAUACUGAAAUGAUCAAUAACUCGUUAUUAGAAACGAACGUUUAUCGAAAACCACACAAACAUCUCGGUGAAUACAUAAGUAAACAUCUUCAAGAUUUAUUUAAUUGUACCACAAAUAACGAAUGGUAUUCAUGUGAUGAAGGAUUCGGAAAAGAAAUGAUCAAAGUGGGUAAAAUUCGUGAAUUAGGUGUACAUUUUCAUCAAUUAACUGGAAGGAACAGUUCCGCAAAAGAUACACUCUAUGUCGAUAUGAAACAAGUUCGCCUCAAUCACUACAUCAUGCCGACGCGUGAGGAAGGGAUUAAAAGAGCGGCGAAGUGGAAUAAGCGACUGUCCAGAAUGAAUGUGAUCAAUUCCAAUAAAUAUUUCAACAUGAUUUUCGAUGAUACGAUCAGAGACUCGAAAAAAUUGAUUUGA